CCCCUGUCUGUUAUGUUGCUCAUGCGCAAUAAACGUUGUUGGUGUGAAGCCGCCAAGUGCUAAAGUUUAACAACAUGGGGAAGAUAGCAGUACUCUCGCUUGUUGCUUUAGCCAUUUCAGUUUUGAUCGGUGAAAGACUAAUAACAUUAAGGCACUUGACACUUUCUUCUAGAGCACUAACUCAGAACUACCUGCCCAACUGCCACCUGAUAAAGGGCAUAGAGUUUGGGGCUGAAGAUAUCACCAUACUUGAAGAUGGAUUGGCCUUUCUGAGCACUGGCUUGAAGUUUCCAGGAUUACCCUCCUAUUCAGAUGAUCCUGGGAAGAUCUAUACUCUGGAUCUCUUGGAUUCCAGACAAAAUAUUCAAGCACUGAGCAUCAAGGGAGGAUUUGAUGAAGAUUCUUUCAAUCCACAUGGAAUAAGCGUGUACACAGAUGACAAAGAUGGUGCAAUUUAUUUAUUUGUUGUUAAUCAUCCUCACGGAAAAAGUCAGGUGGAGAUUUUCAGAUUUGUUGAAGAGGAAAACUCUCUUCAAUACAUUAAGACCAUUAAACACGAUCUGCUGAGAAGCGUUAAUGACAUUGUAGCUGUGGGUACCGAAAGCUUUUAUGCCACCAACGAUCAUUACUUCACUAAUGGGUUUUUGAAGUUUUUGGAGCCAUUACUGACUUUGGGCUGGUGUGAUGUCAUCUACUACAGUCCUGAUACAGUGCAGGUUGUGGCAGGGGGCUUCCUUUCUGCCAAUGGCAUAAAUAUUUCCCCUGACAAAAGGCAUUUAUAUGUAUCGGAUGUAAUGAACCAUACUAUUGUUGUCUUGGAAAUACAGAAAAACACUAUACUGUCCCGUUUAAAGGAAGUUGAUGUAGGGUCACUAUGUGACAACAUUGAGGUGGAUCGCAAAACUGGUGAUCUAUGGCUGGGCUCCCACCCAAAUGGUCUUAAAUUUUUACUUAGUGAUCCCAAUGAUCCGCCUGGUUCUGAGGUCAUCAAGAUUCAGGACAUCCUUUCUGAAAAGCCCAAGGUGACUCAGGUAUAUGCAGAUAAUGGCAGUGUGAUCAUUGGUUCUUCUGUGGCAACUCGAUAUGGAGGAAAAUUACUUAUUGGAACAGUUUAUCAGAAAGCUCUGAUCUGUGACCUCAAGUAGGGCAUGUACUUGGGGUGGUUAAAUAAAGCUUGAUGUUUUGUGUAUGAAAAUUUAUUUUUGAUAUUGUGCAUCAUUUCAAAAAAACAAAUUUUUUGCAACUAACAAAUUGAAUACAAGUUGGUUCAUUGGGUGGUAUGCCAAAGUUAUGCUAAAAUCUAAAACUAUAUUUUUUAAUUAUGUAUAAUUGCUUUUUUAUGACCUCAUAUUAUCAUAAGGAAGAGAAAUAUACUAUUUCCCAUAUGCAUUCAUAUACAUUAAGCCAAAAGUGACAUUUUCAUAUAAUGUUAUUCAGAAUAUGAUCACUGAAAGCAAAUGGUUUGUCAUCUGCUAUCAGUUUAGCAUUGCAGAUGCUUACAGCUAUAGUUGUAAUGAAACAAUGAAAAGUCUGCCAUCAUUUACUUACCUUUAUGAGUUUCUUUCGUUUCUCCUGCUGAACACAAAGAUAUUUUGAUAAGUGAUGGUAACCAUCUUACCUUCAUUUAACAAAAUAUCUUCUUUUGUGUUCAACAGAAUGAAACACAUGCAGGUUAAGAACAACAUGAAGAUGAGGAAAGGAUGACAGAAUUUUUAUUUUUGGGUAAACUAUAGCUUUCAUUUGGACUAGUUUAAAAGUAACAGGGGGAAAAAAUCACAUUAAUGUGUUUUUUAGGGGAAAAAAAGGUAGAAUUGUGCUCUUCAGAGGAUUAUGGGUUAUUUGUAUUAUGAUAUGAGAAUAUCAUAUGCCUAAUUUUCAUGUUUUACAUAUAGAUGCUAAAUGAAGGCUGAUAAUAUAUUGAAGAAUCCAUGUCUGUCCAUGAAUAACUACCACAAAGUAUUUGUUGCAGUAAUUACUGGUAUUGACUGUACACUGUAAAAAGUGUUUCUGUGCCUUAGUAGAUUUAACUAAAUAAAAUGAGUAAACUGUG